CUGAUCUGUGAACAUGGAGACGUCAGCUGGUUUCUGGCUCCUGGCUGUGCUGCUCGUAGCUGUAACCAGCUUCUCUCAGGAUCAGGCUGUGAAGUACUUCAAGGUUGGUGACACACUUCAGCUCAGACCUCAGCAGGUCUCUGGACCGAUCAACAGCAUUGUGUGGAAAUUCGACAAGAACCUGCUGGCUGAGUGGGUGAAAGACUCGAUUGAGCUGACAUAUUACAGCAGGUUUAAAGGACGAACCACUCUGAACACUGACACAGGAGUGUUGGAGAUCAGAGACAUGACUGCAGAGGACAGUGGAGUGUAUUCAGUGGAGAUCAACAACCAGGUCCAGAGUCAGGUUUAUAAGACCGUGGCGGUCGAAGCAGUGCCCCAGCCUGUGGUGAGUGUGAGGCCGCUGUUGUGUAACUCAACGUCAAAGAGCUGCACACUGAGCUGUGACGGAGACGUCAGCAAUGCUGGGCCUGUCGAGUAUUUCUGGAGGAUCGGAGAUGGAGAGUGGAAGCAGUCAGGAACAAACAUGGAGAUCAUCGGUGAUGAGGAAACACAGCGUGUCCCAACUUUCUCCUGCAGGAUGAAGAAUCGAGUGAGUGAGAGAGACAGCAAACCUCUCUUUAACCCACUCUUCCAAAUAAAACCUGCAGACUGUGGACACUGGAUGAUAGUUUUAGGUGCUGUGAUGAGAUCUCUGGCGAUCGUGGCGCUCUUUGUUGCCGUCGUCUACUUUUUGUGCCAGAAACUGCUCUCUGUCUGUGUCUGUAAACACAGAAAAGGUCAUAAUGAUGCAGUUUAAUGUUGACUAUCACCUUUGGUUUCCUGGUGAAGACUAAAGCAUGUCAGCUGUCCUGAAAGUUCACAUUUAUUUGCUCAUAAAACUCUUCUGCUUAUUUUCUAUAGCAAUGAUAAUCACCAGGCUGUCAUGGCCAUGGUCUGCCAUGUUUGUAGUUUUCUCUGUUCUUGUGCCUUUUACAGUAUUUGGAUUUGUCUGUUUCUCCUCUUUAAACCAGUAAGUAUUAAAAGCUGAGCGUUUGUUCAUC